UACAUUAAAACAAUUCGAAAAGGUCAAAAUGUUUUCUAAAAAUAUUACACUUUUAUGCGUGUGUAAUUUGAUAAAGAUGAUAUCGUCAAAUGAGAAUAUAACGUAUGUAACAUGUGUCAAAAAGAAUGAUAAAUACUUGAUAUAUUAUAAAACGGAUCUAAAUUUUCAAUUUAAAUUCAAUCCAGUUGAUGAAGAUUGGAAAAAAAACAAAUGUGAAAGUUUGGGAUUUACAUUUAAAGAACAUAAGGAUUUUAAGUCAGCUUUUCGUCAAAAGUAUCAUUAUGAAGAAUUAUAUAAAGUUUUGUCUGAUCUAAUAUGUGGAGAUUCAAAAUUUCAAAGAACACUACAAAAAAAUAUUUGUUCAAGCAUAAUAACAAAUGAUGACAUCAAAAAACUUUUUCCUGAUGAAGAAUCUUUUAAUGAUUAUUUAAAAUUUUAUUCAAAUUUUGAAAAUCAAGUUUCACCAUAUAAUAAAGAUGAAACUAAUGUAUGUCCAAUUUGCUUGGAUAAAGCCGAUUUACCUGUUGUUUUUAACAAGUGUCUACACUCUUUAUGUAAAAAAUGUGCUGCUUCAUUAAUACAUACAAAUCAAAAGAGAUGUCCAAUUUGUAGAGCAAAUUUUAAUUAUUUCACAGACGAAGGUAACGUGGUUAGUUCGGGUGGCUUGAUCGAAUAUUUUGCUGCAGCAUAUUACUUGGAUGUGUGUAUUUUUUUGUUCGUGAGAGUAGGUGAAUGGAUGUUUUUUGACAAGAACGGGCUUAAUUGCUCUCAAGAAGAUAUUGAGAACAAAAAGUGUAUUUAUCUAUUCAAACAUGAGCGUGAGAAAACUAUUGGAGUUGUCGUUAAAACAAGGGAGCUAUCUUUUUUAGAUAUUUUUUAAAAAUAUUUAAAGAAAAAUGAUUUAUUAUAAUAAAUUUAUUUUUAAUAAUAACAAUAAAAAAAGAGA